GGGCGGGGCCGGCGCGCGGGGCUGGCGGUGGGACCGUCCGGUGCGCGCAGCCCCGGCGGCCGUGGAGCCGUUUUCUAGCCCCGUAAGUCGGUAGAGAGAACCAUCUGAGUGUCGCUACAAUGUGGGGCAGGACAGCAUGAGAUACUGGGUUUUAGAACAAACGGCAUGAAGUCCCACUGGUCCCACAAUAACGUCGUGGAGAACCACCACUGGGAGUUUCCUCGGCUUUCAAGGAAGUGGGUGAAAUGAAGUACCACUGGCUUGUGUGUGUUGUGGCUCCUCCACCCGGUGCCAUAGCACCAAGCUGCUAGCAGAGGCUGUGGUUCCCACAGCAGCCAGUUUGUUUGCCUUCCGUGCAGUUCGAGCCACCUCCUGCAAUAUUUAGUCACACAUUUAAAAAAAAACUGCUGCUGCUGAGGAGAUUGAGGCGGAAAGACCUUUCCUAGGGAAGGCGAACCGAGGACGUGGCACUUUGCCAGGCUUUGAACUUCAGAGCAGUUCAGUCCAGGAGCAAGAUCAGUCGAGAGGUUCCAUAUUCAAAGAACUCACCUGCACUAUAUCCAGAAAUUUUCCAAUUAGCAAUGGCCAGACUGUUGCAAGAUCCAUCUAAACUUCAUCCCUCAGAAUGGUACACUGCAAACAGAAUGCAGCGUGCCAGUACAGAGUCCCAGAAAUCCAGGUCAGAAUGCAUGAUAGCUGAGAGUUGGAGGCUGGUGGAUGAAAUAGAAAAGACAACUCAAAAAACCCAAAGCGAUGUCAACAAGAAAUUAGAACAGAGACGGGAAGAGAUAAAAUUCUGGAAGCAAGAAUUAGAUAACAAGCUAGAACAAAUUGUUCAUGAGACAGACAUACUGUUGACUUUCAAGAAUAGGCUGGAGAGAGCUUUGGAGGGCUGCAAAGAGCCCCUGGUCAUUGCCCAAAAGUGUCUCCUGUACAGGCAGAGGCGAGUUGGGAUUGACUUGGUGCAUGAUGAAGUGGAACAGGAACUGCUGAAGGAAGCAGAAGUCAUCCAGGGGGUUAUUGCUUUACUUGAACGUACAUUGGAACAAACAAAUGAGCAAAUCAGACGAAACCGUUCAGAAAAAUACAACCUGGACAUGGAUCUAAAGGACAAAUUCACAGCUUUGACGAUUGAUGAUUACUGUGCUAGCUUGACAAACGACACUCCUCAUAUUAUAUAUGCUGAUAAUGCAAUGAAACUAGAAGGAAAUUUUGUUAGCCUUGAGGACUGGAUAGAUUUCUCAAACAUAAAUGUUGAAAAAGCUGACAUGCAGCGAAACAAUUCUUUGGCACUGAAGGCACUUAUCAAUAGCAUCCUCUCACAGACAGCAAAUGACAUGCACAAGCAAUGUGAGAUGGUGAAUAAUGCUUUUAGAAAUAGGGUGAAGGAAGUCAAGGAUGCCAAGCACAAGCUAGAGACACUUCUUGCAAUGGUGAUGAAUGAGACUGCCUCGCAGGAGAAGAACAUUGCAGCCUUAAAGAAAGCAAUCGCUGAUAAGGAAGGACCCGUAAAAGUGGCUCAAACCCGCUUGGAAGCGAGGAACCAUCGCCCCAAUGUGGAACUGUGCUAUGACACAGUGCACAGCAGCCUGAUGAGUGAAGUUCAAGAGAUUACCAAAAAUAUUCAAAGAUUAAAGGAUGCAUUGGCACAGGCUGAAACAGAGCUGAAAGGCCUGAGCCGCCGACAGCUUUCCUUGGAGGAAGAGAUCAAGGUCAAGGAGAACACGCUGUACAUUGAUGAAGUGCUGUGCAUGCAAAUGAGAGAGUCUGUUUGCAUAAACAUUUACUGAAGUCAUUAUACUGGGAGAUUGUGCUCCAAAGAACCAGCUCCUGCUGAAAUUUUAUUGACAAACUUCAACAUUUAUUGGCUUGGCUCAAUGCUGUCUAGUUGUGCCAGGUAAUUAAAACAGACCUAGUACUUACAGCUAUCUGUUUCUGAACUAUCUAUGCUCUAAAAUGUUUGAUGAAAUCUUCUUCUUGGCAAUAAAAUUCCAUAAUAAUGAGAAA